CUGACAUCUUGAAGUUGACGUUGCAUUCAAACGAGGUUCAGCUUUUGUUCGGUAAAGUGUGGAACUUCGAAAACUCCAACAACUUUGUAUGUUUGUGGAAAUAUGUGUUUUUAUAUGCGAAUGCACAUUAUCAAAAUAUGCUACGAAUGUCCUUAGGAUAACAUCCUAUCUAAAGAAUCGAAUGAACCACCAAUAAAACUUCAAAAAUAAGUUUUUAGUGAGUAGAAUACCACAGUGAUGUUGCCUUCAUGUGUUGUGAGGCCAGGUUUACAACCUAUGACAUACCUUGUAAGAAGCUACGUUGCGCGAGCUGCGAAGAAGAUUAAACCUAGAUCUGAUCGCCCUGAGAACAAACACUUUAUGGAUUUUAGACGUGUACAUCUGAAAGGUGGCAAAGGUGGAAAUGGAAUGAUGUCAUUUCUUAGUUUAUUUGCUAAUGAGUUUGCUGGACCAGAUGGUGGGGAUGGUGGUUGUGGAGGCCAUGUCAUACUCCAAGCUGACACCAAUGUUAAGGCCCUGAAUCAUGUGAAGACAGAGUACAAGGCAGCUGAUGGAGAGAAUGGGAAGUCCAAGUGUUGCCAUAGCAAGAAUACUGAACACACAUACGUUUCUGUUCCAAUUGGUACAAUCUGCAAAGACGAGUCUGGUUCUGUAGUUGCCGAUCUCGCUAAGCAAAAUGCAAUAUUUGUUGCUGCACGCGGUGGUGCUGGUGGCCAUGGCAACCAUUAUUUCCUAUCCAAUGAAAAGAGAGCUCCAACUACUCAUGAGAUGGGAGCAGCUGGAGAGGAUAAACACCUAUUGUUGGAAUUGAGAACUAUUGCUCAUGCGGGAUUGAUUGGAUUCCCUAAUGCUGGAAAGUCAACCCUACUACGUGCAGUAUCGAGAGCACGUCCCAAAGUGGCUGCAUACCCCUUCACCACUCUUAAUCCACAUGUGGGCAUAGUGGAAUAUGAAGACAUGGUUCAAGUUGCAGUUGCUGAUAUACCAGGUCUUAUAGAGGGCGCACACCAAAACAGAGGCCUUGGUAUUUCAUUCCUGCGUCACAUCGAGCGUUGCUUAUGCCUGCUUUACGUCAUAGAUCUCUCGGUAGAUGAGCCAUGGACUCAGCUAGACAACCUCAAAUACGAACUUGAACAAUACAGCGAAGGAUUGUCUGAACGCCGACAUGCUAUAAUUGGCAAUAAGAUUGACUUGAAAAAAUCUCAGGAUAAUUUUGAAUUACUGAAAGCUAGGACUGAUCUUCCAGUGAUUGCCAUAUCAGCUAAGAAACUGUUAAACAUUGAGGAAGUGGAGCUACAUUUAAGACAGUUAUAUGAUAAUAAUGUUUCACAAGAACAGGGUGAUGAAGAUGAUUAAACACACACCAGUGAACUCCCCAGCAUUAAAGCAAGUGGGUGCAGUACCCAGAUGAGAUUUCAAAAUCAGGCUUGCACCCAUCUGAAAAUUCUUUUACACCCACUUGCAAAUGACGAAAAUCAUGAAAAAUGGGGCAUAUUUUGUCUAAUUUUCAUCC